GUGGGUAUGUCUCCUCCUCUUGGGUCUAUGUGUGCAUGGUUGGGCCUGUCAUAUGUGGCCCGAAGUGGGCGUUGGGCCUGAUCCCAACAUUACUCCCCCCUCAGCGUUCGGUUGACGAACUGGAUGGGAGUUUUGUUAGCCUGGUGCCUGGCCCUAAAGAUGAGGAGGGAUACUUUGCGUUCAUGAACGACCUCACGUAUGGACGGCCUGACCGACUUGAAGGCAUCGUGCCUGGCCAAAUGUGUCAGUGUAUGCCGGCCUUAUUCCGAGCAGGCGUGAGGAGUUGGUUUUACGACCGGUCGAGUUCGGUGCUAUUCAGAGGGUCGAGCAGCCAUGCCAGAGUGACCUUGCAUGAGGAAUUCCCUGUGGCGGAGCUGAGGCGAGCAGAUAGUGAACGAGCUGAACGCACCGACCCUAGACGGGCAGAGAAUAGCGACCACACUCGUCACUUCGAUAUAGUUUGUCGCGAUCUGAUCCUUCGGAUUUUUCAACAACUGUGUCGAAUCUCAGAGGAGAUUUGCUCAAGGCGUUUGGUAAAAAUGACUUCUUCACACGAUGCACAAGGAUUCCGGGGUAACCAAGGUGAAGACGAGGACGUAGACGCGAUAUCUGUGGAGCCUAUCACCAUGAUAGUGCCGUCGAAGUUGCAAGAUUCGCCUAGAACAGCCACGCUUGAGAAUAGCAGUAGUUCGAGCACGAGUAGUGGCUCUGAGAACCACCAGCCUUCAACUUCUAGCGAUUCGCCUGUGGAAGGGACAUCCGGCGAAGUAAGGGGUGCUGAAGAGGUUGGGUGUAGCAUGCCGUUGGCGAGUACAGCAGUUGAGGUGGUUUUGUUUGAACGGGCGGUUCUGCACCACGAAGUUGCAGAUGGGGCAGCCACGGUGAAAGGGUAUAAGAAGCUAGAGCAGAUGGUGAGGCGAUUCCAGAUCCCCAGAACCAUCCUGAUCCGAGCUGGUACACCAAAUGAAAGGGCGUGCUCAGUAUCACGGACGGGCUGGGUGCCAGUGUACGUAGACCAUUUUGAGGCCGAUCUACGUUUUCCUCUGCCCGGACUAAUUUUUGAUGUCCUGGCAGAGUACGAGCUGGCCCUUUCGCAACUUACUCCCAACAGCAUAAAGUUCAUCAUAGGCUUUUAUGCUGUUGUGCGAAAGGCUAGGGAUGCCUACAAAGGCGGUGGUCUUCAGGUCGCUCUUUCUGUGCCGUUUGUGCCUGUCCACCAGUGGGACGAGGUGUUCGUGUUCGUGCGGGAUACGCGAACUGACAGGAUUAACAACGAGCUCGCCGCCCGCUUGUCAGAGUGGCGUACGCUGAACACAUACAUGAACUAUCCCCAGUUGACCAGCGGUAAUGUCGACCUGAAGAACCGGCUGCUCGACUAUGUGAAGGCGAGGGGGUUGGUGGAUUUGGAAGCCUUGGUUACCCAGGAGCAGAUUGCACUUCUCGGAUUUUUCGACGUGGCAAAUCUACACUCUCAAGGGGGCCGGGGCGCUGGGUCUAGUUCCCAGCGCCAAUCCCGCUUUGACGAGCGGCCACCUGCUGCGCCGGGGCGCAGCUCCCAGCAUAGGAGUUCCAGCUCAUCACAUAGGCCGCGUAACGAGCAGAGGAGGGAGACUGCGCCUUCCAUCUCCAGAAGGCGUGCGAGGGAGGAGUCUGACGCGGAGGAUGACGUCCCUCUCAUCCGGCGAAGGACAAGUGCUGGCUCGCAGCCUGCCCCAGCCGUCACUGCACGACCUGCUAGCGUGCCCCAAGCAUCUGCUCGAGAGGUUGCUGAAGCAGCCCCCGCCUUGUCUUCGGUGGUGGGGCCCAAGAUUGCAUAUCCGGACGGCUUCAGCUACGCCCGGACAGAGUGUCAAGCCGCUAUGCUGCAGGGGAUGCAGAGCUUUGUGCCCCCUGCUGAUCGGCUACGUGCAAAGGGGCUCGUUCAGCACUACACCGUCGCACUCUUUGAGUGCGAGCAAGGAUCGAGGGCGGAGAACAAUGAGCUCCAACAGAACUGCAAACAACUGGCCUCCGAAAAAGCCAGUUUGGCCGACGAGGUCAAUCAUUUGCAAAGCUCGGAGAUGGCGAACCGAGCGGCGUCAGCUGAGAGCCGGGCGGAUGAGUUGGCCCGCAAGGUUGAUGAGCUGAAGGAGAAGCUCCAGCGAGCUCAAGUGGAGAAAGAGACGGGCAUCCAAGCUGCCAAGGAGGAGCUCAGUCGUGCAGAAGAACGAGCUAGGAAGGCGGAGUCAGAAAAAGACAGCACUCUGCGCGAGCUGAGCGCCUUGAGGGAGAGGGUGUCACAAGCCGAUCAACACAUUGCCCGAGCAGAGGCGUCCCUGAAUAGCACCAAGAGGCUGCAUCAGCACGACGUCUGCUUUGCCCGCGCACAGGGGGCUGAGUGGCUGGUGGGAGCAGAAAUGUUCCAGGACGCCGUUGCAGUCGCCUCUGCUAACACCACCACGGACAUUUUCAACAAAGUUCGUGGAAAGGUUCUACAAGCGCAGGCUGAUUUUCCGAUCGGCGAAAUGGCUUUCUACGAGGGCAAGGAGAUCGACGGUGACGGGAAGAGUCUUGCCCCUCCCGCAGAUACCAGGGUGAGGCUGAAAUGGGAGCUCAAUGAGGAGGGGCUGCUCGUGUGGCCUCCUGCUAUAGUGGAAGAAGGGGAGGACACAGAGGGGUUGCCAAGCUUUGACGCUUGGGUGGCAGGCCCCCAAGACGUGUCUGUUGAACCUUCCAGCACUCCUCCUGCUCAGCCUCAACCCUUGCCCGCUGCAGCCGCUGUUCCUGCUCCUUCUCCUUCAGAUCGGCCAUCUCCUGCUCGGUCUGCUUCAGAGCUUAACAACGCAUCCAUCCCCGUCGAUUUGACGGACGACGAGCUUAGGAUUUUUUGUAUUUCUUUUUUGUAUUUUUGUGUUAAUCAAUGAAGUUAUUUACGCAAUGUACCACACAUGUAAAAUUUCAUUGAAAUACAAAUUCGAAUUUCUU